AUGGCUAAAAUUGGUAAUAUAGAAGAAUUCAAAUUACAGCAAGAAGAAGAUUUCGAAACUUGGGUAGAACGACUAGAACUAUAUAUGCUGGUGAAUAAAAUAAAAGAAAAUAAAUCAGCUAUAUUUUUAACCUUAAUUGGAAGUGAAGGUUAUAAAGUACUUAAAUCUCUUUGUACUCCAGAACUACCUAAAGAUGUCGAGUAUGAAAAGCUAGUAAGUAAUAUGAAAAAUUACUUACAACCGAAAGUUUCGAUUCUUGCUGAACGUUCCAAAUUCCGUAAUUGUCUACAAGAAAACAAUGAAACGAUCACUGAAUUUAUUACAAAACUACAAAAAUUAUCAAUAUUGUGUAGUUUUGGAAAUAACUUGGAGGAAGCAUUACGUGAUCAAAUAGUUCAUGGUGUAAGCGACCGUAUGCUUAAAAAGAAACUAUGUGAAGAACCGGAUUUAACUUAUGGAAGAACAAAAGAAAUAUGUCAAGCACACGAGGGCGCAGAGAAAAGUCUGGAGAACUUUCAACAGGUUACCAAAGGAGAUCUCAACUUCAUAAAAAAGAAAUCAUCAAACAAAUGGAAGGAGCCAAAUUGGAAAAAUGGGAAGGAUGGUAACAAUGCGGACGACACAUACCAAGUAGGAGUUGAGCUUGAUAGGUUAGUUAAAGAGGGUAUAUUAACACCAGUAGAAACAUGUGAUUUUGGAACUCCUAUAGUACCAGUAAUUAAAGCCAAUGGAUCUAUUCGUAUUUGUGGAGAUUAUAAGGUUACUAUCAACCCAUACUUAAAAGUAGAUAGGUAUCCACUUCCACGGAUAGAAGAUUUAUUUUCUAACAUCAGUGGUAGUGUAAUAUGGUCAAAAAUUGAUUUAUCACAAGCAUACACACAGUUAUUAGUUGAAGAAAAUUCUAAAGAAAUUCUGACUUUAUCAACUCAUCAGGGGUUAUAUGUACCAAAUAGAUUAAUGUAUGGAAUUGCUUCAGCGCCAGGGAUUUUUCAGAGAGAGAUGGAAAAUUUAUUUAGAAAAAUAGACAAUGUGGUUUGUUUUUUAGAUGAUAUUUUAAUUCAUAGUGAUAGUGUAGCCUCACAUAUGAAUAAACUAAAUGAAGUUUUUAACAAGUUGAAAGAAUGUGGUUUAACAGUUAGAGAAGAAAAAUGUGCAUUUUUUCAAGAUGAAAUAGAGUAUUUAGGGUACAAAAUAAAUAAACAUGGAUUAAAUACAAGUGAAACAAAAAUUAAAGCAAUUGUAGAAGCACCAAUUCCCACUAAUAUAACACAAGUUAAGUCUUUUUUAGGGAUGAAAUGUGAUAAUGCUUUUAAUGAAAUAAAAAAAAUCCUAACUUCAGCUCCAAUAUUAAUACAUUUCAAUCAAAAUUACAAAAUUAAAUUGUCAUGCGAUGCUAGUUCAUAUGGUAUUGGGGGUGUAAUUUCACAUAUCUUACCAAACAAUGAAGAAAGGCCGAUUGCAUAUACGUCUAGAACAUUGAAUCUUGCGGAACAAAAAUACUCUCAGAUAGACAAAGAGGCAUUAGCUAUAGUUUUUUGUAUUAAAAAAUUCCACCAAUAUUUAUAUGGGAGACAUUUCAUUUUAUUUACUGAUCAUAAACCUCUAACAUAUAUUUUUCAUGAAAAAAAAAGUUUACCUCAGGUGGCAGCUAAUAGGAUACAGAGAUAUGCUUUGUUCUUAGCGAAUUAUGAUUAUAGUAUUCAGUAUGUUAAAUCUGAAAAUAACCAAAGUGCUGACGCAUUAAGUUGGCCAAAUGCUAAGGUUAAAAUAAUUCAAGAACCAAUUAAAUCAUACUACUUACAAAAACAUGAAUUAACUGUUGAACAAAAUUGUAUUUUUCUAGGUCACAGAUUAGUUGUACCAAAAUGUUUACAGGAGAUUUUCUUAAAUGAAUUGCACAGUACUCAUUUUGGUAUUGUUAAGUUAAAAAUGAUGGUUAGGAAUUAUUUUUGGUGGCCACAGCUAAACAAACACAUUGAGCAGUUAGUAGCUUCAUGUAGUACCUGUAUUAAAUACAGAAAAGAACCUACUAAAUCUCCAUUACAUGUAUGGGAAUAUCCAAAUGAACCGGGGGAAAGGAUACAUGCUGAUUUCCUAGAACUUAAUAAAAAAAUGUUUAUUGUUAUAAUAGAUGAGUUUUCUAAAUGGCCAGAAGUCAUACCAAUGACUUCCACUACUUCAUUAAAUACUAUAAAUGUUAUGAGAGAAUAUUUCUCUAGGUAUGGUAUUUGUCAAACUUUUGUGACUGACAAUGGACCACAGUGGACUUCUAAAGAAUUUCAAACAUUUAUUAAAAAUAAUUGUAUCAAACACAUUUUAACACCACCUUAUCAUCCACAAAGCAAUGGGGCAGCGGAGAAUAUGGUAGAUUAUAGAAACACUAUUCACUGUACCACUGGUAAAAGCCCAGCUGAAUUGCACAUGAAUAGAAAAUUAAAUAGUAAAUUUGAUUUAAUUAUAAAACAGUUCAAUAAGGAACCAUACAUAAAUAAUAAUUUGGAUGUAAAAACUAAGGUUGAACUAACAAGGAAUUAUAGUAAAGGACAAAAAUGGAUUACAGGAAAAAUUAAAGAAAAAGUAGGAAAAGUAAUUUUUAUUGUGGACACUGAGUGUGGGAAAAUUAAGAGACACAUUGAUCAACUGUUACUAUACAAAUUAAAAGAGAGAGAUGGGAGUGAGAAAAAAGUUGAUAUAAAGGAUAGUAUGGAAAUCAAUGUGCAUUCAGUUUUAGGUGAAAUAUAA